AAACGGAGUGACAACAACAGCAACCAGAAAACUAAUACAACAUCAACAACAACAACAACACAGCAAACAUUGGAGCAGUCCUUGCUCGCAAUUGAUCAACCUUCUCGUCCUUACACUGGCCAUUGUAGCUCUUAAUAGCUUGGAUAGCUUCCUGCCGGCACCGGCCGCGGCAACGCUGGUCGGCGAUACGCGACUUCGUCAGAAUCCAACAGGCGUACGACUUGGUGAGGGCAGCUCAAUAGCCGCUUCGAAUGCGCCAUGUCCACCGGAAAUGUUUCGCUGCAACAACGGUAAAUGCAUAACGCGGCACUGGGUGUGCAAUUACCAAAAGGACUGUGACGAUGGCGAGGAUGAGAUGCAAUCGUGUCCGCCGCCCGAGUGCGAGUCGCCACAACUGAACUGCGGCCAAUAUGUCUUCAAUAAGACGUACUGCAUUCCCCAGAACUAUCGCUGUGACAUGAUCGAGGACUGUGAGGAUAAGUCGGACGAGGCGCAGUGCAAUUAUCGCAAGUGCCUGCACACGGACGUCUUUUGCAAUGCGCCUGGUGGAGCAGCUCCUGCUGAGGGCAGCCGUCUGACUGGGCCGUGUGUGGCUAAGGAGAAACGCUGUGAUGGCUACUUGGACUGCCGUACCGGACGCGAUGAGGAUGGCUGCAACGGGGUCGCCUGCCGUUUGGAUCAAUUUCGCUGCGCCAACGGUCAGAAAUGCAUUGAUGUCUCGCAGAAGUGCAAUCAUCGCAACGACUGCGGUGACAACUCGGACGAACAGGGCUGCAACUUCCCACCUUGCCACCAUGCGCAGUUCCGCUGCACGAAUGCGCUGUGCAUUCCGUACAACUUCCACUGCGACGGGUAUCACGAUUGCGCCGACGAGAGCGACGAGGCCAACUGCACGGCCAUCGCCUGUCCUGACAACAAGUUCCUGUGCCCACGUGGCGGCGUCAAUGGUGCGCCCAAGUGUAUCCUCAAAUCGCAGCUGUGCGAUGGCAAGCGUGACUGUGAGGAUGGUAGCGACGAGGAGACGGCCUGCUCCAUUGCCUCCUGUCCAGCGCUGAGCUGCGAGUUCAAGUGCGGCCCCUCGCUGACUGGCGGCGUCUGUUAUUGUCGCCCAGGCCAGAGUCUGGCAGCAGACAAUCGCACCUGCGUGGAUUUGGAUGAGUGCGCCGAGUGGGGCCACUGCGACCAACUGUGCACGAACACUCCCGGCAGCUAUACCUGUCAGUGCGCUCAGGGCUAUAGGCUGAUGAACGCAUCCAAGUGUAUUGCUCCGGAUGCGAACAAUCUGCAGCUGAUCUUCGCCCAUGAGCGGGCCAUUAUGCGCAUGUACGCCCACGACAGUGAGCCCAAGGUGCUCGCCAAUGCCACUGCCGCCGCUGGCGUUGCAUUCCACUAUGCCCGCAACACGCUAUACUGGUCGGACAUCAAGACGCGGAAGGUACAGUCAUUGCCGUUGGAUGUACUCAAUAGCGCCGUGGCGCCGUUGGAUCAAACACUGCCUGGCACUUGGGCGCCUGUGGCUCUGGCCGUUGACUGGGUGGGUGACAAGAUCUAUGUUGCAGAUCUAGUGGGCCAGAAAAUCGAUGUCUUUGAGCUAAGCGGCCAUUGGCAUGCCGUUGUGCUGGGCUCCAAUCUAACCAGUCCCGCCGAUCUGGCGCUUGACCCCACCUCUGGACUCAUGUUUGUUGCCGAUGGCGGCCAGGUGCUGCGCGCCCACAUGGAUGGAACGCACGCUCGCUCCAUUGUCUCCGAGGCGGCCUACAAGGCCAGCGGCGUUACUGUGGAUAUAAUUAGCAAGCGCGUCUUCUGGUGCGACUCACUAUUGGACUACAUCGAGUCGGUGGACUAUGAGGGUGGCCAACGUGUUAUGGUGCUGCGUGGACAGCAGGUGCCCAGCCCGUCAAGGCUGGCGCUAUUUGAGAAUCGCAUCUACUGGACGGAUGCCACCAAGCAGGGCAUAAUGUCCGUGGACAAGUUCGAGGGUCCCAGCUCCAUUCAGGUAACCUACAAGGCGAAGGAUAUACGCGAGCCCAAGGGCAUCAUUGCGGUGCACGCGCUUAGCCAACCGCAUGUGUCCAAUCCUUGCGGCAACAACAACGGCGCCUGCAAUCACAUGUGCAUCGUUACGGCCGUCAAGGGAGCGCCGACAGGUCUCGGCUUCCGCUGUGCCUGCCACACUGGCUACCAGCUGCAGACGGAUCUCAAGAACUGUAAGCUUGUGCGCGAAUUCCUUAUGUAUUCGCAGCAGCGCUUCAUCAAGGGCAAGGUACUGGAACCCGUUAUUGAGGGAUUCAGUGAUGCCAUUCUUCCUGUUGUCUCCCGACGAGCCCGUUUUGUUGGUCUCGACUUCGAUGCCCGCGAUGAAUUCAUUUAUUACUCGGACGUUCUACAGGAUGUCAUCUAUCGCGUGCACCGUAACGGCACAGGCCGUGAAAUCGUGCUGGCCUCACAGAAUGAGGGUGUCGAGGGCUUGGCAGUCGAUUGGGCCUCGAAGAAUCUCUACUACAUUGACUCACGCAAGGGCACACUCAAUGUGCUCUCCACACGAAACGUGACGCACCGGCGCACACUACUGAAAAACCUGAAGCGGCCGCGCGCCAUCGUCGUGCACCCGAACCGCGGCUACAUAUUCUUCUCGGAAUGGGAUCGUCCCGCUAAUAUAACCCGUGCAAAUACCGAUGGCAGCGGCCUUUUGGUGUUCCGCAAUGUGACCCUGGGCUGGCCCAACGGUCUGUCCAUUGACUUUAAGGAGGAUCGUGUGUAUUGGUGCGACGCUCUACUGGAUCACGUGCAGCAUGCCAACCUGGAUGGCACGGACAUCAAAACCAUCAAUUCGCGUCUGGUGCGUCAUCCUUUCUCCAUUGUGAUACACAACGAUUGGAUGUACAUUACGGACUGGCGACUGGAUGCAAUCAUUCGACUCCACAAGCUGACCGGCGAACAGGAGGAGAUGAUGGUGCGCGAGCCGCAGACAAACCGACUCUACGGUGUGAAGGUCUACAGCCGCGAGGUGCAACGCAUUGCCGAGACCCAGCCCUGCCAUAUCAAUAAUGGUGGCUGCCAAAAGAUAUGCUUUGCGAUUCCCAUCGCUCAGAAUGCCAGUGAGUCGGCUGUAAUGGCUAACCGCUUACAAUCGCGCUGCUCCUGCCCCUACGGCGAACGAUUGGCCGAAGACCAAGUCAGCUGCAUUCCCGACCCCAGCGCCGAGCCACCCGUCCAGCCCUGCCCCAACCUAUGGGACUUCACCUGCAACAAUCAGCGUUGCAUACCCAAGUCCUGGGUCUGCGACGGCGACGACGAUUGUUUGGAUAACAGCGAUGAGGAGCAAAACUGUACAAAACCCACCUGUGGCUCAAACGAGUUCCAGUGCAAGUCAGGACGCUGCAUCCCUCUCAACUUCCGAUGCGAUCAGGAGAACGAUUGUGGUGACAAUUCAGAUGAGCUGGACUGUGGCAAUGUAACGUGCGCCACCUCACAAUUUGCCUGUGCCAAUGGACGCUGUAUACCCAGCAUGUGGAAGUGCGACAGCGAAAAUGAUUGCGGUGAUAGCAGUGAUGAGGGCGACUUUUGUGCGGAGAAGACUUGUGCCAACUUCCAGUUUACGUGCCCAAGAACGGGUCAUUGUAUACCGCUGAGUUGGGUAUGCGAUGGUGACGACGAUUGCUUUGACAAGCAGGAUGAAAAGGACUGUCCGCCGAUCAGCUGUCUUGCCAAUCAGUUUAAAUGCGCCGAUUUGCGUCAGUGCGUCGAGGAGUCAUACAAGUGCGAUGGCAUUCCGGACUGCAAUGACGGCAGCGAUGAGUUAGGCUGCCCCUCAAUGGGUCCCAACCAAUGCAACGUUGAGAAGCAAUUCCGCUGCAAGUCGACCGGUCUUUGCAUACCCAUUGCCUGGCACUGCGACGGCUCCAAUGACUGCUCCGACCACUCGGACGAGGAGGAUUGCGGUCAGAUAACCUGCGCCCAGAACUUCUUUAAGUGCAAUAACACCAAUUGUGUGUUCAAGGCCUACAUCUGCGAUGGCAAGGAUGAUUGCGGCGACAACUCAGACGAGGGCACCGAGCAUGCCUGUGUACCGCCGCCUUUUAAAUGUCCCCAUGGUCAGUGGCAGUGCCCAGGCGUGACUGAGCGCUGCGUGAACAUCACCUCUGUUUGCGAUGAUACGAUCGACUGUCCCAACGGUGCCGAUGAGGGAGAGGGUUGUGAUUUGGCCGAGUGCGAGCAUCAGACGGGUCAGUGCUCCAGUUUUUGUCAAAAAACUCCGAACGGAGCGCUUUGCGUGUGUCCCCCUGGUUCGGAAAUCGGUCCAGAUGGAUUCACCUGCGUGGAUACCAAUGAAUGCGAUCCGCCGGGACUAUGUUCGCAGCAAUGCACAAAUACAAAGGGUUCUUAUUUCUGCUCAUGUACGCCCGGCUACGUCCUGGGUCCCAAUAAGCACACCUGCAAAGCAGUAAACCAUACGGCUGCCUUCUUGAUAAUCUCCAAUCGUCAUUCCAUACUUGUCGCGGAUCUUAAGGAGCAGGGCCUGGAGCGAGUGCCCAUCAUCGUUGAGAACGUGGUAGCCACUGCCUCAAACAUGCACACGGGCACCAUUUUCUGGAGCGACAUGAAGCUAAAGAAAAUAUCGCGACUUGAUCAUGGUAUGGAACCGCAGGAAAUCAUCACCACGGGCCUAGAUCUAGUUGAGGGCCUAGCCUAUGACUGGAUCGCACAGAACCUUUACUGGCUGGAUAGCAAGCUGAACACAAUUGAGGUGUCCGCGGAGAAUGGUUCAAACCGCUUGGUCCUCGUGCGUGAGAAUAUUACACAGCCACGUGGUAUGUGCAUUGAUCCCAGCCCCGAUGCGCGCUUCAUUUUCUGGACCGAUUGGGGCGAGAAUCCCCGGGUAGAACGCAUCGGCAUGGACGGCACCAUGCGCAAAACGAUUAUAAAUACUAAAAUCUACUGGCCGAACGGCCUGACCCUGGAUAUUGCUACGAAACGUGUCUACUUUGCCGACUCCAAACUAGAUUUUAUUGACUUCUGCUACUACAACGGCACGGGACGUCAGCAGGUGCUGGCCAGCAGCCACUAUCUGCUGCAUCCGCACUCGCUUUCCCUUUUUGAGGACACGCUUUACUGGACGGACCGACAACUGAACCGUGUACUGUCAGCAAAUAAGUUCCGUGGCAAAAACCAGACUGUCGUCUCGCACCUGAUUAGUCAGCCGCUCUCCAUACACGUGCACCACGCCUCGCUACAGCCCAUGUACCCGAAUCCAUGCGCUCAAGCCCGUUGCCAGCAUCUGUGUCUACUCAGUCCAAGCGCCAACGAGGGCUACUCCUGUAAAUGCAAGCCUGGCUACAGGCUACUCAGUGAGGGUCGCUGCAUUGAGGAGGAGAAUCCCUACUUGAUGGUCGUCAAAGGCACUCAAAUUGUUGAUCUGCCCCUCAACGGCGGUGAUGCACGUGCUGGUGCAUUGGCGCCUGUUAUUGGUAUCGAGAGCAGCACCGGCCUGGACUUUGACCGGAAGGGCGAGACCCUAUAUUGGGUGCAGGGACGAGAAAACGAUGACGAGAACUGCACCAUAUAUACCACGCCUUACGGUGGAGGCAACAAGACGCUCUUCCUGGGCAUCGAAACCGGCAUUGUUGGCGCACCCUAUACCAUCGCCUUCGACUGGCUGGGCCGUAAUCUCUACAUUGGCAACCGUGUGGCCAGCAAUAUCGAGGCAGUCCGCGUAGAUGGUAAGCAAAAGUAUCGUACUGUGAUAUUGGCAAACGAUGGCAGCGAAACCUCCGUUUCUAAGCCGAAACAACUGGUCCUGGACCCCAGUGAGGGCAAGCUGUUCUGGAUUGAUGAAGGAGUACUCGAAGUCCCAGUAAAAAUAGGCCGCGUUGAUAUGAACGGUCAAGAUGCACGUGUUUUGCGCAAAGACCUCAAACAUCCCGAAAGUAUUGCUUUGGACAUUGAGAAGCAGAGGAUCUACUACAGCACCAGCCACUCGGCGUCUAUCUGUUCUAUGGACUACAAUGGUGACGAGCACACGAUCAUACUCACCGAGAAGCAGGCCAUCGCCCGUCCACGCAGCCUGGGCAUUCUAGACCACCGCCUUUACUAUCUGGACCCCGAUUUCGAAAAGAUUGUGCGUGUAGACUUGCCACGCGGCGAUAAUCCGAAGACCAUUGUGGACAACGAGCACGAUUUGCGCAGCAUGAUGAUCUACAAAAAGCGCCCCCUAAAGCAGCAUCCGUGCCAGACGGCUAACGGUGGCUGCAAACAGCUCUGUAUACCCGGGCCCGCCGCCACAAGGACCUGUGCCUGCGGCAUUGGCUACCACAAGGAGAAUGAAAUAAGCUGCGUUGAAUACAAGACAUUUGCCGUUGUCUCCCAGCUGGAUAUGAUCCGCGGUUACAGCCUGCACGACAGCGCCGAGGCCAUGCUGCCAAUCAGCGGACCAGGCCAUCACAUCCUGCACGUAGACGUCAUGUUCCGCGACCAAUGGAUUUAUUGGGCCGAGUUCAAUCGUGGCUAUUGGAACGGUAUAUUCCGCUCACGACCCAACGGCACCGAUCUGGAGCAUGUGGUUAAGGUUGGAAUUGGCAGCAACGGCAUACGCGGCUUAACCAUUGACUGGGUUGCCGGCAACAUGUAUUUCACAAACGUGUAUCCGCAUGAGAACUACGUGGAGGUGAGCUGGCUGGAUGGCAGCAAUCGCAAAGUUUUGGUUAAGACAACCAAUGAUGCGCCUCGCGAGCUGGCCGUUAAUCCCAUAAAGCGACUGCUGUACUGGAUUGACUAUGGACAGCAUCCGGGCAUUGGUAGGGCGCUGCUGGAUGGCACUAAAUGGCAACCACUGGUCACCUCGGAUAUCUCGAUGCCGCGUGAUCUGACCAUUGACAUGCAGACGCACGAUGUCUUCUGGGUGGACUCGAAACUGGACACGAUACAGAAGAUCUCUUACAACGGCGCCAAUCGGAAGAUUAUUCGUCGCGACUUGCCCAAUCCCAUGGGCAUCGCCAUUUUCCUGAAUGAUGUUUACUGGGUAGAUCGGAAUCUUAUGACUGUGUUCAAGGCUUCCAAGCUUUUUGGCAAUGAUUCCGAGGUCACCCGCGUACGCACAAACUUGGAGAAGCUGCGGGACAUUGCCAUUUACGAUAUUAACAACCAGCCAUCCGACGACAAUAAUCCAUGCGCCCAACUGGGCAAUGGAGGCUGCGACCAGCUCUGUUUCAGCUUCCCCCCAGAGCCCUCCAGUAAGAACUAUCGCUGCGAGUGCGCUACGGGAAAAUUGGGAGCUGACAGUCGCAAGUGCGAAACGGUUAAUGAGUAUUUAGUGUUUGCCACGCGUACAGAGAUUCGUGCCGUCAACCUGGAUCCGCACUCAACGGAGGUGCCUUUUACACCAUUAACGAAUCUGACCAAUGUGGUUGGUCUGGACUUUGAUUUUGCCGACAACCGCAUGCUGUAUACCCAGAUCCGGCCGUGGGCCAAGAUUGCCUACACCCAGGCCAACAAGCCAAGCCACAGUGAUAUUAAUGUGGUGCUAAGUAAGGGUAUUAAUCCGGAAGGCAUUGCCUACGACUGGACCCAGAAUAAGAUUUACUGGACUGACAGCUCCAAUAACUCUAUUUAUGCCAUGAAUCUGGUGGGCAGCGAGCUGGUUAUGAUUGCGCGCGUCGAGCGCCCACGUGCUAUUGUCUUGGAUCCAUGUAACGGCACGCUCUUCUUUACGGAUUGGGGUCGCUUCGGAACCUCCGGCAAGAUCUUCCGCACAACAAUGGCAGGCUCAUUGAAACGUGCCAUUGUCGACAAGGAGCUGUCCCAGCCGAGUGGCCUGGCCAUUGACUAUGACGAUCGUAAACUUUAUUGGACGGAUGCGGUGCGCGAGAAGAUCGAACGUGCUGAUUUGGAUGGACGCAACAGGGAGCUGCUAGUGGCCGCCACUAUUUAUCCAUUCGCUAUAACCGUGUUCAGAGACUACAUCUAUUGGACGGAUCUGCAGCUGCGUGGCGUCUACCGUGCUGAGAAGCACACGGGUGCCAAUAUGGUGGAAAUGGUUAAGCGUCUGGAGGACUCGCCCCGUGAUAUACGCAUCUUCAGCGCCGAUCGUCAGAAGUGCAAUGUAAAUCCAUGCACAAUCAACAAUGGCGGCUGUGCCCAGAGCUGUCAUCCGGCACCGAACGGCAAGCCUGAGUGCAAGUGCGAUGAUAACUCCAAGGUGGUCAAUGAGGGGCGCAUGUGCGCGCCUCGAAAUAACACAUGCGAGGCCAGCAAGUUCUACUGCCAGAACGGCAAAUGUAUUUCGCGCAUGUGGUCCUGCGAUGGGGAUGACGACUGUGGCGAUAAUUCCGACGAGGAUCCCAACUACUGUGCCUAUCAUUCCUGCUCCCCCAACGAAUUCCGCUGCAACAACGGUCGAUGCAUCUUUAAGUCAUGGAAGUGCGAUCACGAGAACGACUGCAAGGACGGGUCCGAUGAGCUGGGCUGCAGCUAUCCACCUUGUGUCGAUGGUGAAUUUACCUGCGCCAAUGGACGCUGCAUUCCGCAGGCACAAGUCUGCAAUGGCGUUAACGACUGCAAGGAUAAUGCCACCUCUGAUGAAACGCAUGAGCGCUGCCCCAUGAAUACCACCUGCCCGCCCAACCAUCUCAAGUGCGAGAAGACCAACAUCUGUGUUGAGCCCUACUGGUUAUGCGAUGGCGACAACGAUUGCGGCGACAACUCCGACGAGGAUCCGCUGCAUUGUGGUCAGCGUACGUGUCCGACGAACAGCUUCCGUUGUCCGAACCACCGAUGCAUACCAGCCACCUGGUACUGCGAUGGUGACGAUGACUGUGGUGAUGGCGCCGAUGAGCCGCCAGAUUACUGCAAGUCCGAGGGUCGCACCUGCUUUGGGGAUCUAUUCACCUGCGACAAUGGCAACUGCAUUCCACGCAUAUAUAUCUGCGAUGGCGACAACGACUGCUUGGAUAACAGCGACGAGGACAACCGACACCAGUGCAACGAUCGCAAGUGUGACGAGGAAACGGAGUUCACAUGCGUGGAAAACAAGUCCUGGCAGCGCGCCCAGUGCAUACCCAAAAAGUGGAUUUGUGACGGCGAUCCAGACUGUGUGGACGGCGCUGAUGAGAACACGACGCUGCACAACUGUGCUACCCAACAGCCCUGCGGCGAGGAUAUGUUCACUUGCGGCAACGGUCGCUGCAUCAACAAAGGCUGGAUUUGUGAUCAUGACAACGACUGCGGCGAUGGCACUGAUGAGGGCAAGUUCUGCAACUCCAAGUACAAGACGUGCUCACCGCUGGAGUUCACGUGCCAGAACUUCAAGUGCAUACGCAAUCAAUACAGAUGCGAUGGCGAAGAUGACUGUGGUGACCAUUCGGAUGAGGUGGACUGCAAAAAGGAGAACACUACCUGUGCCCAGGGACAGUUUGCCUGCACCAACGGCCAGUGUAUCGACUACAGUCUGGUCUGCAACAAAGUGGCCGACUGCACGGAUGAGUCUGACGAGCCGGCCCACUGCAAUGUGGAUGAGUGUGCCAAGGUCGAGAUCAAUCAGUGCGGUCACAAGUGCGUGGACACGCUCACCGGAUACUACUGUGACUGUAACGAAGGGUAUAAGCUCUUGGCCGACGGCAAGGCAUGUGCGGAUGUAGAUGAAUGUCUGGAACAGCCGGGUGCCUGCUCGCAGCACUGCUCCAACACGCCGGGCAGCUUCUAUUGCAAGUGCGACGAGACCUACUAUGAGCGCCAGAAUGAUGAGCACACGUGCAAGCGGAAGGACAACAUUCCGCCCUGGCUGAUCUUUACCAACAAGUACUACGUACGCAACAUGUCUGUGGAUGGCCAUCAAUAUAACCUCAUGCACCAGGAUCUCAUGAACGUGGUAGCCCUAGACUUUGAUAUCAAGGAACAAUACAUGUACUUCUGCGAUGUGACGGCGAAGACCAUAUUCCGUGCCAAGUAUUCAGAUGCCAAUGAUGAUGUACCGACGGAAAGGGAAGCUGUCAUCCGACACGAUUCGCACGGCCUAGAGGGCAUUGCCAUUGAUUGGGUGGGUCGCAAGCUGUAUUGGCUGGACAGGCACUCAAAGAAUCUGGAUGUCUCCGAGCUGGACGGCACCAAGCGCAAGACUUUGCGCAGCGGCGUUGUCGAUCCUCGCGCCAUUGUCGUGCAUCCGGGCAUUGGAUACUUGUAUUUCACUUCUUGGCAUCUGCAGGCCUACAUAGCCAAAAUGGGCAUGGAUGGCUCCAAUUUUACACGCAUUCUUAACUGGAAUGACGGUAUCGCCUGGCCCAAUGCUCUAUCGAUUGACUACUUUACGGAUCGCAUCUACUGGGCCGAUGCGCAUUUGGACUAUAUUGCGUACACCGAUCUGGAGGGUCGCCAUCGGCACAUUGUGCUCUCUGGCAACAGCGUGCCGCAUGUUUUUGCCCUGAGCCUCUUCGAUGACUUUAUCUACUGGAGCGAUUGGAAUCUGAAGGCGAUUGUGCGUGCCAAUAAGUUCCAUGGCGCAAACUAUACGGUGCUCCGGAAUACAACCCAUCGUCCAUACGAUCUGCACAUUAAUCAUCCACUGCGCCAGUUGCCCUACACCAAUCCCUGCGGCACCAACAACGGUGGGUGCUCGCAUCUCUGCCUGAUUGCGCCACCACCGGAGUCCACAUACCUAAACAUCGAGGGCUACAUUGAGGAGGGUGCGCCCAUUUACAAAUGCGCCUGCCCCAAUCAAUUCUAUCUGGCCCGCGACUCCAAGACCUGUAUAGCCAACUGCACAUCUGGUCAGCAUCUGUGCGGUGGCAGCGACGAGAAAUGCAUACCCUGGUUCUGGAAGUGCGACGGCGAAAAGGAUUGCAAGGAUGGUUCCGAUGAACCAACCACCUGUGCACCGCGCCACUGCCGCGCAGGCACUUUCCAAUGCAAGAACACCAAUUGCACCCCAUCGGCAACCAUCUGUGACGGCGUCGACGACUGCGGCGAUGGCAGCGACGAGCAAAACUGUGACCUACCCUGUCCGCUCUCCGACUUUAAGUGCAAGACCAGCGGCCGAUGCAUACUCGACAGUUGGCGCUGCGACGGUGACGCCGACUGCAAGGAUGGCAGCGACGAGGAUCCCCUGGUGUGCCAUAAGCGCAGCUGCGAUCCAGAAACAGAGUUCGCCUGCAAGAACGGGCGCUGCAUACCGCAGCUGUGGAUGUGUGACUUUGACAAUGAUUGCGGCGACGACUCCGACGAGCCUGCGUAUAUGUGCCGGCAACGCAACUGCACCACUGGCUGGCAGCGUUGCCCGGGUCAGUCGAACUACCGUUGCAUACCCAAGUGGCUGUUCUGCGAUGGCAAGGACGAUUGCCGCGACAAUAGCGACGAGAUGCCAGAGAACUGCCCCAAGUGCUCCGCGGAGACGGACUUCAAGUGCGGCAACAAUCGCUGUAUACCCAAGCAAUGGAUGUGCGACUUUGCGGAUGAUUGCGGCGAUGCUAGCGAUGAGAACGAUGCCAUUUGCAAGGGACGCUAUCGCGAAUGCUCCGAGUCGGAGUUCAGGUGCGGCAAUGGCAAGUGCAUCUCAUCGCGCUGGCAGUGCGAUCAUGAGGACGACUGCGGAGACAAUUCGGAUGAGAUGAGCUGCGAGGGAUAUCAGUGCAAGAAUGGCACCUUCCAGUGCGCCUCCGGGCACUGCAUUGCCAGCUAUUUCCGCUGCGAUGGGGAUCGUGAUUGCCGCGACAUGUCUGACGAGGUUGACUGCCCGCCUCGAUUCCCAGGCGGACGGUUCUGCCCGGAGUCGCGUUUCCAGUGCACCAACAAUCUGUGCGUCUCUCUGACCGAUCUGUGCGACGGCACCGAUGACUGCGGCGAUGGCAGCGAUGAGGAUCCAAAGGUCUGCAGUGACUUUAACUGCGACACGCUGCGCCGCUUCCAGUGUGCCAACCAUCGUUGCGUGGCCCGCUACCAGAUCUGCGACGGCAUCGACAACUGCGGCGACGGCAGCGACGAGAACAACAUGACACUCUGCGCCAGCAAACAGAAGCCCUGCGACCUGUAUACCCAGUACCAGUGCGCCAACAAGCACUGCAUCGAGCGCGCCCAGGUGUGCGACUACUCCGACGAUUGCGGUGAUGCCAGCGAUGAGCUGGGCUGCCACCAUACGAGCAGCUGCUCAGAGCAGAGUCGAGGCGGCUGUCAGCAUCAUUGCCACAAUCUAACCGACGGCGGCUACAUCUGCACCUGCUAUCCGGGCUAUAUCAUUGCACCAGAUAAUAAGAAAAAGUGCGCCGAUGUGGAUGAGUGCGCGACGCGGCAGCACACGUGCUCGCAUCAGUGCCACAACAUGAACGGCACCUACUCCUGCAGCUGUCGCGAGGGCUUCCAUCUGUCGGAUGGCGCUAGCGGGGUAUGCAAAGCUGAAAAGGAGGAUGUCGUGCUGGUCUUUGCCAAUGGGCCAGAGAUACGCGGACUGGAUUUGCAGAAGAAGGAGGAAUUCGAUGUGAUUGCCUCCGAGAAGCGCAUCGAGGCUCUUGACUAUGAUGCCCAACAACAGAUCGUGUUCUGGGCAGAUAGCUAUGACAAGACCAUCAAGCGUUCCUACAUGGUGAAUGCGUUGGACGGACAGGCGAAAAUCGGUUUUGCGCAGGAUCUCAACAUGAAGGGCGGCUCCAAGCCGACGGCUGUUGCUGUUGACUGGCUGGCCUCGAAUCUCUAUUGGACCGAAGUGGACCGCACCGGCUCCAAACCGCGUGGUCGCGUCAUGGUGGCCAAAACGGACGGACGUUAUCGCAGAUCGAUUGUGAAUGCCGGCUUAGAGGUGCCCACCUCUAUAGCGGUGAAUCCACAACUUGGACGCAUCUAUUGGGCCGAUGCGGGCUCCGCGCCCAAGAUUGAGGUCUCUUGGAUGGAUGGCUCCAAGCGCCGGCCGUUAAUCACGGAGCAAAUACGUCAUCCCGCUGGCUUAACCAUAGACUACUCGCAGGAUCACAUUAUAUACUGGGUGGAUACCAAGCUGAAUGCCAUCGAGUCAAUGCGUGCCGACGGCUCGCGCCGCAAAGCUAUCGUCAAGGGCGACCAAUUGCGCCAUCCCGUCUCGCUGGAUCUGUUCGAAUCGAACAUGUUCUGGGUUACACGCGACACCGGUGAACUGCUGCGCCAGGAUAAAUUUGGCCGCGGCGUUCAGGUGGUGGUGCAUCGCAACCUCGUCAAUCCGUCCGGCCUCAAGGUCUACCACGAGAAACGCUACAACACCUCGCUGCGAAAUCCAUGCUUUGAAUCCAGCUGCUCACAUCUGUGCCUGCUGGUGCCUGGCGGACAUCGCUGCGCCUGCCCAGAUACCUCCGGUCCUCUGCCCUCGCAUCGCAGCACCGCGGAGGUGAUCUGCGAUGCGGCUGCCGAGCGACCACGACCCGCUCCACGCAUCUGCCCCUGCCAGAACGGCGGCCUCUGCAGGGAGGACGAUCGCGGCGAGCUCUACUGCGAGUGCCUACCGGACUUUAAGGGCGAGCACUGCGAGCGCAGCACGACGGGAGCCUUCGGUCAUGGCGGCGCUAAUGUUACCGCUGUCGUGGUGCCCAUCAUGGUCAUACUGCUUGUCAUGAUGGCUGCCGUCGGCGCCUGGUAUGUUAUCCGCAAGCGACCCUUCGGCAAGCUGGCACGCAUGCCCGCAAUGACAUCGUCCCAGAGCGUCACCUUCCGGCACGGCUCGAACGUGGAAUUCAGCGAGAGUGGAUUCCCCGGCGCCUCGGCACCCGGCGGAAAUGAUAUGGCGCCCAUUGAAGGCUACAACCUGCAGACGGUAAAUGCCAACAAAGCGCGCGACUUUGCCAAUCCCAUGUACGAUGCUGUACAGCUGGGCACCACCAACGAUCCGGGCAUGAGCAAUGGCUCAGGCAUCUACGAUGUGCCACAGGAACCGUCCAAGUCAAAGGCCAUGGGCCAUUCUGGCUCCUUUACGGAGCCCGCCUCGGCUAUUAUUGCGCCCAGCAGCAUUACGCACAAGUCAUCGCCGCAGCUGCAGCUGCGCACACGGGAGCUGGACCCAUCAGCAGACACCGGCAAGGAUACACAGUAUCUGGUGGAGGAGGAUAAGUCAGAGUGCUGAUAUAAAGCAAAUCAGGCAGCGGUAUCGCGACCGCUCAACUGUCGACGUCAGCAGCGGGCGCAGACGCGGCCCAACAGUUAUCCGCUGCACGCAUAGCACCGACCCAACCAACAUCAACAACAGCAGAAGCAACAAAGGCAACAACAGCAGAAGCAACAACAGCAACAACAACA